GUUUCCAGUGGUCACGCAACGUGUUAUCAAGUAUAAAGUGAAAUGUUCUGUCAAAUAUUCUACUAUGAAUAAGAGAUGAAAGCUGUUUAAAGACGACAUAAAUAGUUAUAUAACAUCCUCUUGUUACCUCGAACAACCGCUCAUCCGAAUGACUUACAUGUAAUAUUUGUACAGAGUUGGCAGUUACAAGAAGUCAUAUUACGCGGUUUACUCGACACCAGGUAAACCAUAAUGUCGGAUUAUAUAGAACUGAGAGARCGACUCGAUAAACGGUAUUCUCAGGAYGMUACCUUUGACGAGGUGAUYAUAAAACAACCUCGAAAAACACGUGAAGAAGCGAAAUCUCUAGUCCAGCAAGAGAUUGAGCCAGUGGAGCAUCGUCGUCGUAGACGCACAUUGUCUGAUGGUCAUGACCGUCGAUUAAAAGAACGGAGGGAGAGAGAAAGGCGAAGACUUAAACAAUUGGAAGAAGAUGAGAUCCGAAGAAGGGGGAGGAGAAAGAAGCAAAGGAUGCAACGAGCGAAAAACGCUGGAMAAAAGGUAAUUGACAUUGUGUGAUAUAAUGAUAAUAAUAAGUUGAAGAAUUCAC